UGAAAUUCAACUUUAACAUUGAUCCGUUAUAAACGGGUCACCAACUCUGCGUAUUUAAAAUAUGUUGCGAAAUAUAUGUAAAUAGUGGUUGCCAUAAACAGAACUGAGUGGGUUUGUUAAAUAAGGAGUUUAUCGUGGAAUUAAAAAGCAGCAUGUGAGAUAAUUCUAAAUAACAGUACCAAUAAGUAAGGAGUCGAUUUUGAACAUCAUUUUAACUGGAUUAGCAAGAGAGCAGAUUAGACAAUUCUGAGAAAUAAUUUCCAUUGGAACUAUCAGGCACAAUGUUUUAACAUGUAAGCCUGCAUGAAUUUGGUUCAAAACCUUAUUCGUUGAUUCAGAAAAUACUUUAUUACAACGAAAGAGAUACUCCUCUGAACAAGUAAACAUUUGAACAAUUGGACAACAGUUACAACAAUCCUCAGCUUUUUGAAAUAUUAAGGAUAAUUCCUCGUAAAUAUCAACAAAACGAGGUAGCAAACGCAUGCAAGAGUAGGAAUCAUUAUUAUGCUAGACUAUGAUUAUACCAAAAGAUCCUUAACAUUCGUUAUUUGUUGCCUUCAUGAUGAAAUAAGGUAGACAAUUAUAACGAUUUUUAGAUAUAGAAAAAAUAAAUCAACAAAAUGUCAACUGUCAAAAUACCACAUGUUACAGAGGAAGAAGAAAACUAUUUAAGAAUGCACUUAUUGAUGACAGGAAUUUCUUCAAGAGCUGUACGAGUUUUAUUUGACAAAGAGUUUUCUCCUGUUUGCCUAGAUGCUACAAUUAAAAAGGAAACUGGCAAGCUGAUUGACUUAAAAAAUAAAUGUGUUAUCAAUGGACCUCAAUGGAAAUUACUGUUUCCUCGUGUUGGUGUGCCAGACUCUAACACUUUUGAUGUCACAUUAAUGAUAGCAUUACUCAGGAAUUUGACAAACCUACCUCCGCCUACAGGUGGAUAUGACUACCUACCAUUAAGUACAGAUACCACACCUACGGCUGAUCUGGCAAGAAUCAAACACUAUAGAAAUAUCCUAGCUCAUUUUGGAGACGGAAAGAUCAAAUCUACAGACUUUGUUACUGCAUGGGAGGAUAUCAGUGGAGCUGCGAAGAGACUUGGUGGUCUGGAUAUGGGUAAGGAAUGUCAAGAGCUAAGAUCAAAACAUUUAGACCAAUCAACAGUACCUUGGAAUAUUAGAGUACAAAUCCUUCAAAUAUUGGAUCAGUGGCAAAAGAAUGAUGAGUACUUUAUCGAGACUAAAGCUUCAAAACAUGUGCUAAAAUGUAUCCAAAAACAUAGCUGUGUCACCAUAACUGCUAGUUCUGGUGUUGGCAAGACAGCAAUCCUACAACAUGUAGCUUUAAAAAUGGCAGAAGAAGGGUUUGAUGUACUUUUUGUAACCAAUCCUCAUAACAUUGUUGAGUUUUAUAAUCCAAAUCAGAAAGCAUUGUUUGUAAUUGAUAACUUUUGUGGAACAUAUUCUAUCAACCAGUCAGACCUUUUAAAUUGGGAACCAGUUAUGACGCGUAUUGAAGGACUAAUUGGAAAAUCACUCAUAAAAAUUAUUGUGGCUUGUAGGAUACAAGUAUACAACGAUAACAAAUUUGAAGCGCUUUCUAUUUUCAAAACCAAUGUAUGUAACUUGUUAUCUGAAAAUUUAUGCUUGUCACAGGCUGAAAAGACGUCAAUAGCGGAAAUUUAUCUGGAAACAGAAGCUUCACAGGUAAUCCAAUAUAGUCAUUUAUAUGAAUGUUUUCCGCUUCUAUGUAAACUUUAUCGUGAUAACACUGAACCCAGUAUUACAUCAUUUUUCAAGAAUCCAUUUUCAGUGUAUGAAGCAGAAAUCGAACAGCUUAAAAAGAAAGAAAUUUUCGGAAAAUACUGUGCUUUGGCAUUGUGUGUCAUGUUUAAUAACAAGUUAAAGGAGAAAGUGUUAACAGAAGAGAACGAUAAAGAAACAAAAAAGAUCAUAAGGAACACGUGUGAGGCUUGUAGGUUAGAAAGAAGUACAUCAAGAUUAAUGUUAUUGGAUGAAAUUCAUACACUCGAACACACUUUUUUGAAAAAAGAAAAUGGCGUUUAUAAAACAAUACAUGAUAAACUAUUCGACUUUUUAUCUAAUUAUUUUGGAAAAAUGAUAAUUCAGUGUUUGAUUAAAAAUUCAAAAAGUAAGUUUGUCAGCGAACGAUUUUCAUUCGAAAGAGAAGACGAUACGGAACAGUUUAUCAUUAUUGUACCACCAAAAUACCAUCAAAUGUACAUACAAAGAAUGGUUGAUGACUGGUCUAAUGGUAGAGUUGUGCCAGUGUUCAAUAACAAAAAUAUGGAAAAAACAGAUUUCAGAAAAAGAUUGCUGAAUUUUGUGGAAACACUUGAUUUAUCAUAUCAAAAACAAUUAGCCCAAACUGUUGAUAUCAAACACAAACAUAAUGCACUUUUGGAAUGUUGUUUUAUAUGUGACCUUUCUUUGAUUCAGUGGUUUUGUUUUCAUGGUGCAGAUGUUAACCAAUGUAGAUUUGAUGGUGUAAGUCCUGUAUUUGUUUCAUCACAGGAAGGUGAUACUGAAGCAGUUAAGCUGUUACUGGAAUACAAGGCAGAUGUUUAUAAAUGUAAUGAGGGUGAAGCACCUCCUUUGUUUAUGGCUUGUCAGGAGAAUCAUGUUGAUAUAGUUAAGAUGCUACUUGAAUACAAGGCAGACGUUAAUACAUGUAAUGAUGAUGAAGUAUCUCCUUUGUUUAUGGCUUGUCAGAAGGAUCAUAUUGAUAUAGUUAAGAUGCUACUUGCAUACAAGGCGGACGUUAAUAAAUGUAAGGAUGAUGAAGCAUCUCCUUUGUUUAUGGCUUGUCAGGAGAAUCAUGUUGAUAUAGUUAAGAUGCUACUUGAAUACAAGGCAGACGUUAAUAAAUGUAAUGAUGAUGAAGUAUCUCCUUUGUUUAUGGCUUGUCAGAAGGAUCAUAUUGAUAUAGUUAAGAUGCUACUUGCAUACAAGGCGGACGUUAAUAAAUGUAAGGAUGAUGAAGUAUCUCCCCUGUUUAUGGCUUGUCAAAAGGAUCAUAUUGAUGUAGUUAAGAUGUUACUUGAAUACAAGGCAGACGUCAAUAAAUGUAAAGAUGAUGAAGUAUCUCCCCUGUUUAUGGCUUGUCAGAAGAAUCAUGUUGCUGUAGUUAAGAUGUUACUUGAAUACAAGGCAGACGUCAAUAAAUGUAAAGAUGAUGAAGUAUCUCCCCUGUUUAUGGCUUGUCAAAAGGAUCAUAUUGAUGUAGUUAAGAUGUUACUUGAAUACAAGGCAGAUGUUAAUAAAUGUGAUGAGGAUGAAGUAUCUCCCCUGUUUAUGGCUUGUCAAAUGAAUCAAGGUGAUAUAGUUAAGAUGUUACUUGAAUACAAGGCAGACGUCAAUAAAUGUAAAGAUGAUGAAGUAUCUCCCCUGUUUAUGGCUUGUCAAAAGGAUCAUAUUGAUGUAGUUAAGAUGUUACUUGAAUACAAGGCAGACGUCAAUAAAUGUAAAGAUGAUGAAGUAUCUCCCCUGUUUAUGGCUUGUCAGGAGAAUCAUGUUGAUGUAGUUAAGAUGUUACUUGAAUACAAGGCAGACGUCAAUAAAUGUAAAGAUGAUGAAGUAUCUCCCCUGUUUAUGGCUUGUCAGAAGAAUCAUGUUGCUGUAGUUAAGAUGUUACUUGAAAACAAGGCAGACGUUAAUAAAUGUACAGCUAAUAAAGUAUCUCCCCUGUUUAUGGCUUGUCAAAUGAAUCAAGGUGAUAUAGUUAAGAUGUUACUUGAAUACAAGGCAGAAGUUAAUAAAUGUACAGCUAAAGAAGUAUCUCCCCUGUUUAUGGCUUGUCAAAAGGAUCAUAUUGAUGUAGUUAAGAUGUUACUUGAAUACAAGGCAGACGUCAAUAAAUGUAAAGAUGAUGAAGUAUCUCCCCUGUUUAUGGCUUGUCAGGAGAAUCAUGUUGCUGUAGUUAAGAUGUUACUUGAAUACAAGGCAGAUGUUAAUAAAUGUGAUGAGGAUGAAGUAUCUCCUCUGUUUAUAGCUUGUCAGAAGGAUCAUGUUGAUAUAGUUAAGAUGUUACUUGAAUACAAGGCAGACGUUAAUAAAUGUGAUGUGAAUGAAGUGUCUCCCUUGCAAAUAGCUUUUCAUAAGAAUCAUGUUGAAAUAGUUAAUAUAUUACGUGAAUAUCAAUCAGACGUUGAUAAAUCAAAACGGUGAUGAAGCAUAGUAGAGAUGUACAUAGACAACGAGGCAGACGUUGAUAAGUGCAGAAACAAGGGAUAAAUCCUAUUUGCCUACGUGAUUUACCAUUUAUUCAGUUGUGAUGAUGAAUUAGAUGGACCAAGAGGCAAAAUUUAUUUUCCAUAGGCGAUAAUGGUUACGUUUUAUUCUGUAGCUCAGUCCAUAUCGUAAACUUGGAUGUGUUUGAUAGCUCAUUUCGCAGCUGAGACAUUUUCACAAGUGUGGUUAAAUUCUCUAGGUACGAAGCGAGAUUCGUGUUUCCGUAAUUUAGCAUACACCAAAAAUCCUUCCGUGAUGUGGCUCCCUGUGGUGAAAAAAUACUUUUCACACGAUAAGUUCUUAAAAGAUUUAUACAUUUGAUAGCUACAUAGUUUUUACACAUUUAUUCUAGUGGGAUGUACAGUGAAAGAAAAAUUCAUUCUUCUAAUAAUAGUUUCGAGAUAUUCCAAAAUAAAACAAUACAGGUGUUGAUACUGAUCAGAAAGUAUUUCUAAAUAAUAAUUAUACAUUUAUUUUUACAGAAAAAUCAUUUGUUAAACUGUGUUAUAAUUAAUACAUGAAAAUACACGAUGUUUUAUAUGUAGUAUUUAGCGAGAUAAUUGCUUAAGAAGCUUUCGGAAUUGAAAUUUAAAAACUGUCUAUCUUUGCUGCAUAUUGAUAGAAAAAUUUGAAAAAAAAUAUGUACAUGAAAAUCGAAAGUUCAUUCAAAUCACCAAUUUUCUGAGUGUUCAAAAAGUCCUUUGUAUGUUUCAAUUUUUCAAAGUAUGCUUAUUUUUUUUAGAUAUCGAGCUCAACGUUUUGUUGAUGUUACAUGUAUAUUCAAUGGAAACUAUUGAUUUUCGUGAAUAUAUACAUAACAAAAGUCUGUCUGUGUAGAUUAAAAAAUCAAAAAGAACGUUUUUUUUAUAAAGAAGUUAUCAUUCUUCUAUUUUGUAUACACAUUUUGAGAAAUGGUCGUCACGAGUUUUGUUCGCGUAUUUGUUGUCUUCACGAUCUAUUCAAAUUCAAUGUUUAUACAUCGGUAUAAGGUAUUCUUGCUUUUGCUUAGAACUUAAUUUUAAAAGGCAAAAUCUUUGCUGCUUAACGAUUAACUCACCAUAAAAACCAGGACUGUUAAUUUAUAAUUAUGAACAAAUCAAUCAAUUCCUAUGGAAUUGUUCCUGACUUUCUCUGGUCUAGCUGAGCAUGUGUAAGAGAAGUAUAAAAAUAGUAAAAAAUAAAUAAUUGAAAUUGAUACUCUAGAAAUUUAUUCGCGUAGCAUCAUUUUUGACCAUUUUUAUUCUGAGAAUCUAUAGCCUGUUGUACUUAUUGUGGGAUAUUUAAGAUGGAAAAGAAUAAAAAUGACUGGAAGUUUUCUGUUUUUGUUUUAAUUUAUUUCUAUUUUUACAAUUUGCCAGUACGUUUUACCAUGAAUCGAUAGUUGAUAGCGUCCUUGCUAAAAUGAGACAAACAUUGAGAAGAUCUAGUUCUCCGUAUCCACAGGGGAGGUUAUAUUUUGUCACUAUAUGUCCCACUGUAGUCAAUAGUCAUCUACUUUCCAAAUCAACACAAAUGAUUAAGCUCCGUCACUUUUUAAAAACUUUUUUUGUUUACGCAAAUCUUUUAAGCUCCUCAAUUAGAGACGCAUUAUGAAUAUUGACCAAUAUAGUUCUAAUUUUUUCAAAUAUUGUUGUGUGAUCUUCAUCGGUAUGACUUUCUGUACUAAUCUAUAUUUAUGUCAGUGUCUGAAAGAACAUAAAGUUGUUUAGCACUAUAAAGCAAUGACCAUUUUGUCGCUAUAUUUAUUUAUUAUAAAUACCAUGUGUACAAGUAUAAUUGGUAAAAGGAAUAAGAUUAACAUUAG